AUGUAAUUCCCGGGGAUUCGAGGGGUAUUUGGGCUGGAAUUGAAGUUAAUUGAAAAGUAUUUUUUCAUAGCUGUUAACUGUAGAAUCGGUGUUAGGGUUUUUUGUUUGGCAUGAAGGGCCCGUUAGAUCGAACGAAGGUGGUGCUGCGGCACUUGCCCCCAACAAUUUCUCAGUCAAACCUGGCCGAGCAUGUUGAUUCUCGAUUUUCCGGCCGCUACCAUUGCAUCGCCUUUCGCCCUGGAAAUCCCAGCCAGAAGCAUUUAACGCAUUCUAGAGCUUACAUCAACUUUAAUAGGCCAGAAGAUGUAAUCGAGUUUGCUGAGUUUUUUAAUGGCCAUGUCUUCGUCAAUGAGAAAGGGGCUCAAUUCAAAGCAAUUGUUGAGUAUGCUCCUUCACAGCGUAUUCCAAAACAAUGGUCUAAGAAAGAUGGUCGUGAAGGGACUAUAUUGAAAGAUCCUGAAUAUCUGGAGUUCCUUGAAUUACUUGCAAAGCCCGUGGAGAAUCUGCCCAGUGCAGAGAUACAGUUGGAGAGAAAAGAAGCUGCACGAGUAGGUGCUCCAAAGGUUCCUCCAGUAGUUACUCCUUUAAUGGAAUAUGUUCGUCAGCAAAGAGCUGCAAAAGGUGGAGCUCGGAGAACCGUAUUGAAUGGAAAGUCAACAAGAGGAGUCACUGGAAUAUCAUCCAGGAGUCCUAUCUCAGGUUCUUCCAAAAGAGGCUCAGGAAAGAGGCGGACUUCUACCACCAUGUAUGUUGUAAGAGACGGCUCCAAAGGUGUAGGUAGCAAGGAUAAGACGCCAUAUUUAUUGGUUCCUAAACAAGAUGAUCAACAGCUGAAGUCUGCCAAUUUAGCAGCUGUUUCUGGAACUGAUCCGUUGGAAGGGGAAAGUGGAGAACCGGGAUCCUCUGGGAUUGGGAAGAAGAAAAUCCUGCUCCUGAAAGGAAAUGAAAAAGAAAUUUCUAAUGUUUCUGGUGCUUCAUCACUGCAGCAGAAUGCUGCAAGUCCUGCCAAAAAUCUACAUAGUUCAGCUCCUUUCAGACAGAAUCAGAGACGUGAAACUGGUGGAAGGAUAAUCAGGACCAUUCUUCUCAACAAAGAUACUCGUCAAAAUCAACCACCAGUCGGGUCUCAAGAAUUGCGAACCCAGAGUUCAAAUCAAGACAGGGACAAAAGACCUCCUCGACCUCCAAGUGUGCAGUCAUUUCUGAAAGAAAGAGAUGGUUUUCUUGAGGACAAAGUAGUCAUUUCGGAAAAGCAGGAAAGGCGAACAAAGAAGCCUGAUCGUGGUGUGUGGACUCCUCUUCGGCGUUCAGAUGGAUCACAUGCAAGUGAUGACUCGUUAUCAUCAUCUGCUUCCCAGAACUCACAAACGUUGGAUUCUGCAGAAGACUUAAAAAUCGAGAUGCUGUCUGUCCGUGGUGGUGAUCAAAGGUACGUUGGAAGCGGUCGUGGCAGCCAUUCUUCUGUUGACAAUGGUUCUUAUAGGCACGGGGGGCGUCGUGGUUCGGCUUAUAACAUGAAAGAUACAGAUGGCUCUUCAGUUGUGGAUGCCAAAUUCUCGAAGCGAGGAGGUGGUUCUGGUUAUGGCUCCAAUGAGAAACGAGUGUGGGUCCAAAAGUCCAGUUCCGGCUCUUAGUCUUGCUGUAUAUGUGCAAUAUUUUGGUCAAAUACCAUAUUGACGGUGGCCGGAGCGCUCUCUCUCUUGAUUGAUUGAUUGAUAGAAAUGCGAGCAGGGUUGAUGAAGACAGACAAAGCUUGCUUGGAAAAUCGAGGCACUUGAAUAUGUUCUUGAGUCGAAAAGGUCAGGAAAUUAAUUAAGAAAAUGGAUAAAUAGUUUUUAAUUACAUAACACCACCAUUUUCAUCGGUGUCCCUAUUAUACUACUCGGUGGCAAGACUUUAAACUUGCAGUUCUUGCCGUCGAUUGAUUAUCUGCUAAAAAUCGAGAUAUAUAUAUAACUUGUUAGACGGACGAUAACUAUCGAUACAGAUGAUAUGGAAUGGUGUGUAGUAUCAGGUUUAACUGCAAUCGAGUUUGUUCGAGAGAGAGAUUUGUAAGGUUUCCUUUUUACAUGAUUGAUAGUUUGAUACUAACUGUUAUAUAUAGAAUGAUAACUGAGGUUGGUGAAUAUUUGUUCAGGUCAUUUAAUAUUUGCUUUUACGAA